GUGUGUGUGUGUGUGUGUGUGUGUGUGUGUGUGUGUGUGUGUGUGUGUGUGUGUGUGUGUGUGUGAACACACUUCUGAACACAGCAGAUUAUAUUCUGGAGAUCUGCAUUUCAUUUAUUUACUCUUAAAGCAGUUGAGCACUGAGCUGGAGAACAAGACUGAAGGCCAAAUAAUAAUACAGACAAACCACUGCGCUUUAAAAUAACCACAGAGACCGAAGUCUUUGUAAUGAGCAUUGAUUUAUGUCGUACAUGCUUCAAGACACUUUGAUACAUAAGGCUGUCAAUCAACUCCAUAGCAACAGAACACACUAACCUAGCAACCAUUAAUCAUCAGCUGUAUCUCCGCAUCAGAACAUCAUAGAGACGUGAGGAUUGGCUCAUUUGACAUGCUCGAAAUGCUUAUGAAGUAUUAAGAUUUGAUAAAAGAUGUAUUCUAGAGUUUUAAAUAGGCUUUCUGCUCUGACUGAUUGGCACAGCCCAGAACAUGACUAUAAUUUAUCAUUUUCAUCAGCAGUAAUCACUAUAACAUGUGAGAUUCAGUCAGUUCUACUCUCCAGUAUGUCGGACUGAGGAUGCGUUAUAGGUAAACAUGCUCUGUUGUCAGCACGGCUUAUGGUUUUUGUCUUAUUUCUAGUCCAAAUAUCUAAAAACUCUUAAAUCAAGAAUCAUUUUCUAGACAAGCACUAAUAUAGUGUUGUGUUCAGAAACUAUGAGUCAAAAUGUACUGAGGUUUUCCUUAAAGCAAGCAGAAUAAUCAUGUUUUAAAGUGAAAACUACCGUCUCUUAGCCCACUGUCAGAUUAUUGUGCUUGUUUUAAAGGGAAACUCACUUUAUUUUGACUCAUUAUUUUUGAAAACAACACAACAUUUUGAGUUUGUCUUAAAAAUUCAUCUAGAAUUUUGAGAUCUUUGGACUAGAAACAAGAGAAGUCUAAAUACUCAGAGAGCUCUGGAAAACCCUAAAUCAUUGGAGAAACAAUAACAGAAUUAGAAUAUUGAGGUGGAAUAUAAACGUCCUGCAGUUUUAAUAGAGGGAAUGCAUCACUGUGGCUUCAUCUGACCUAACUAUUGCAAUAAAAAGAAGCAGUUUUGACAUUUAAACCACAAAUACUCUUGCAAAACCCUGACAUUUGUGCGGGAGAGCGGGUCAGAAACAAAAGAGGAACUGGAGAAAUGUGGAGAUUCGCAUUCGGUGCCAAUAAACUUCACAUGAUGAGACAGAAAUGGAGCCGCAGCGUCUGCUCUUCAUCCUCAGCUGUCUCAAACUCUCAGGUGGUCAAGACAUGAUUUCUGUGAGCCGUGCAUCAGUUCAGCGUGGACAGUCCAUCAUUAUUCCAUGUCUGUAUGACCAGAGAUACGAGCUUUCACACAAAUACCUGAGUUCUGGAUAUCUGGCAGCGUUGAGUAGAUAUGUGGAGUUCUCCGACCAGCGCUAUCAGCAUGAAACCGUCUUCAUCUCUGACGACCGGUCAGGCCACGUCUUCACGGUGCGCUUGGAUGAUGUGCAGCGCUCUAGACUGUACUGGUGCGGCGUGCAGAUUCCUGGAGCUCUGGAUCCACACGCUCGCUUUUACCUGGAGGUCACAGCAGGUCCUCCAGGUCUGUCUGUGAUUGGUCAGCAUGUGUCGGGCUCUGAGCAGGGCAGCGUCUCCAUCAGCUGUGUUUACCGUGGUGAGAGCGCGGUCCGCUGGUGUAAAUUGGGCGGUGUGUGCAUUACUGCGGUGUCUGCGGUGCUGGAUGGAGCUUCAGUGGAGAUCAGAGGUGGAGCAGGGCUGGUGACGGUGGUCAUGAGUGGGCUGCGGAUGGAGAACUCAGGAUGGUACUGCUGCUCCACCCCUGAGCUGCAGAUGCCGGUGUACAUCAGUGUGGAGCAGAGGAUGGAGAACCAGAACAGCACCGCCGGCCCGCACAGCAGGACGCUGCCUUUACUUCUGCUGUGUGUGGUUCUGGAGACGCUGCUGAUGCUGACCAUUUACUGCACACACACACUGAUCCGCCGCUGCAAACACAGACUCUUCAGAUGUGAUUCUCCCGCUGAUGACGGUCAGUAUGUGACGAUGCACAGCACACACACCCAGCCGGCUCCUCUUGGUUCUGCUGCUGCUGAAGAGGACUAUGAGACUAUGGCUGAACUCAACACACACACACAGCAGUGUAGACAGAAGGAUGAUGAUGAUGAUGAUGAUGUGAGCAGCACAGAGACUCUGCCUGUACUGUAAACACUCUGUCCUUCAUCAUAUUCCUCCAGCUUCACAUCACACACCUCUCUCUGUGUUCAGCUGACUGAGUCACAGGUAAUACAGUGUCAUUCAGGGCUGGAUUAGAGACUCUUCUCUUCAUCGAGGAUGCAUUUAUUUGCUCAAACUACAGUCGUAAAUAGUGAAAUAUUAUUGUUAUUAUUAAUAUUAUUAUUAUUAUUAAUAAUAAUAAUAGCGGUGUGUGUGUAUCAGUGUGCAGACUGUAUUUCAGAGUCACUAUAGGAUGAGGAUCUGAUGAUCAGCACACAUGUAUGAUCAUUGUUAUCCUCAUCGAUGCUGAUACUGUGCACACUGAGGUGUAUUGUACUCUAGGUUUACUGAUCAAUGCUGUUUUCAUUUAUUUGACACACACACACACACACACACACACACACACACACAUCUGUUCUAGCGCUAUAAAUCUGCCAUGUUGAUGAGGUGUAAUGUGUUUACUGUAGUGUUCAUACUGUACAAACACCAGGGUGUCCGCGGGGUCUUACAUUUCACAAACACAAUUGUUGGCCUUAAAAAGUCUUCAUUUUCCUUAAAGCUACCCACAGAUCUCAAUAAAACCUCCAGCAGAACCGCUGAUAACUGCUAUAACUGCAGUCUGAUGUGCAAACAUGUAGUUUUAAAGUGUUUUUUUUAAGUUAUGGUGAACAAAAAUGUUUGUACACAACUCAGAUCUGCUUGUUUUGACACAAUAUUUAAAUUAAGAUUAGAUUUGAUUCUGCUGGGUUAUUAAAAUAUCCUUAGUGUUCAUCCCUAGAUAAGUCUGACGUUUAAUUCUUCAUGCUCUUAAAACCCUUGAUUUGACUUGGUGAAACCUGCAGACACACAGAACACAGCUCAUCUGGAUCUGCAAACAAACAGUGCAGCAUGAGGAUAUUUACAUGAGCAUUGAUCAUCUCCAGUGUUGAUCUGAUCCCGGAUUGUGUUGAUUCUCUGUGGUUUGUUUCUGUCUUUAUUGUCAUUGCAGACUGUGUGUGUAACGGGAGGAGAAUUAAUCAUGUAGUGUUUGUGUAGCAUUAUAGAUCACAACUCAAAGCUGAAGAUCUGUUUUACUCACUCUACAUGAUAUUUCAGCAUCAUAAUGAAUGAUUCUUCAUGCUGGUUAUUAUGCUGAAUUGAUUAUUGAUUAUUGUGAUGAUUAGCUUCACUCUUUACAGGUUUUCUUAAUAUUAUAAAAACUGAUUCUGAACUGUAUUUGCAUUGAAUAACAUGUAAGACAUCGUCCACUGUAACACUACACACUGUUUUACUGCAGCGUUCAUGAGCUCAGCCCUGAUGAUCAUUAAGAUAUUAGAUGAGACAAAUCUGGGUUUACACUCGGAAGAUUGUGUUUAGACUUGGAUUUGUGUUGUUGUUUAUUAUUAUGUAAUGAUAUUAUCAGCCCUGAUGAUGAUUUCUUCUUCUUCAAUCUGACCUCAGCCUGCAGCAGCGUUCAUAUAUUAGACGACACAAAUCUGGGUUGAAGUCUCAGAUAUGUCUGUAUGUUUACAUCAGAAGAUUGUGUGUACAGAUUGUUGUGUAACAGGUAAUAUUGUCUGUUUCUGUGAUUCAUCUUCAUGAUAAAGAGUGAAUAAAUGCCAUCAGAAAGAGA